AAAAAAAAUAGUAUAUUAUCUAUGGUGAAUUUUCCAAUAGUUUUCUUUUCUCAUUUCUGUGAUUUUUCUGCGAGUUCGUGUUGCGUCAUCGGAUCGAUCUCAGUGAAAUUUUACAUAAAAAAUUAUAUAAUGUCCGCUAAAGUGAUCCCGGUUGUGCAGGCGGAGGAGGCCGCGGAGGCUGAGGAGGAAGAACUAGUGGAUCCUCAAGCAGAACUUCGAGAAGUAUGUAGCCAGAAACCUGAUGCACAAAAUUUAUGGGCAAAAUACCAGGAGUGCAAUGACAGAGUGAACUCCCGCUCAAACACUGCCGAGACUUGCGAGGAGGAGCUCAUUGACUACAUUCAUGUCCUUGAUAAAUGUGUUAACAAGGACCUUUUCAAAAGGCUAAAGUAGAUUUAUGAUUUCAUCUUAUUUUGAAAUCCACCACUGAAGUUAGACAAAUGUAUUGUUUUGUCCCUUUGCCAAUUAUUAUAAAAAAAUUAUAAAAUAUUAUCUUUAAGGUGGUAUGUAGGUCAUUAGUAAAUUAUUUUACCAAGUAAUAAUAAUGUGAUCAGUGUUAAAGCUGUAAAUGUUUUUUUGUAAAUAAAUAAUCACAGUUCAA